AGCAAGUAGAGCUCUUUACUCACCAAACAUCUCUCAUCUAGAGAGAGAAAGAGAGAGAUACAUAUACAUAGAGAGAAACAAUAUCUAUAUAUACAUACAUACGUAUAUAUAGUUUGAAACGAAUUGCUUUGUAUAUCUGUAGAGAGAAGAGACAGAAGAUGAUGAAAGGGCAAAGGCAAUGUGGGAUUAGAUGCCAAAGGCUUGAGAAAUUGAAGCCAAUCUUGGCGAUCAUAUCGCUUCAAUUCGGGUACGCAGGCAUGUACAUAAUAACCAUGGUUUCCUUCAAGCAUGGCAUGAACCAUUGGGUCCUCGCCACUUAUCGUCACGUCGUCGCAACAGUUGUCAUGACCCCAUUCGCCCUCGUUAUCGAAAGGAAAAUCAGGCCAAAGAUGACACUCCCGAUAUUCCUUAGGAUCCUUGCCCUUGGACUCCUUGAGCCGGUCAUGGACCAGAACUUAUACUACAUGGGGAUGAAAGCCACGUCAGCAACGUACACUUCUGCUUUUGUGAAUGCUCUUCCUGCCAUCACCUUCAUAAUGGCCGUCAUUUUCAGGUUAGAGACCGUGAACAUGAAGAAGAUACACAGCCUUGCAAAGGUUGUCGGGACGGCUAUAACGGUGGGAGGAGCCAUGGUGAUGACACUUUACAAGGGUCCGGCCAUUCAGCUCGUUAAAUCGGCGGCUCACUCCCUUCAUCAAGGAGGAGCCGCCGAUACCACGGAUCAACACUGGGUCACCGGAACCCUAAUGGUCAUCGGCAGUAUUGUUAGUUGGGCCGGUUUCUUCAUCUUGCAAUCAUUCACAUUGAAAGAAUAUCCGGCGGAAUUAUCGUUGGUUGCGUGGAUUUGCUUCAUGGGAACGAUUCUAAACGCCGUCGUUUCGCUCGUCAUGGUGCGUGACAUCAGCGCGUGGAAAGUCGGCAUGGACUCUGGGACUCUCGCCGCCGUUUACUCCGGAGUGGUUUGUUCGGGGAUCGCGUAUUACGUACAAAGCAUAGUGAUUAAGGAACGUGGACCUGUUUUUACGACGUCGUUUAGUCCCAUGUGCAUGAUCAUCACAGCUUUCCUUGGCGCUUUGGUUCUCGCCGAGACAAUCCACCUCGGAAGUAUAAUCGGGGCGGUUUUCAUAGUUUUCGGACUAUAUUUCGUCGUGUGGGGAAAGAGCAAGGACAACGUGAAUUCGGCCGAGGAAAAAAUGGCUAUCCAGGAGCUUCCGAUCACGAAUUCAGUCAAACAAACUAACGGCGCUGAUGUCACCAGUGCACCGGCUUACGGUGGAACCAACAGUACCUGAUUCCAGCCUAUCAAUUCCCAACCGUGAUCUCAAAUUUUGAAGACCAAAAGAAAUUUCCAAGCGGGGAAUUUGGGUGGUCUUUUAUGAUUUUAUGUUUACAUUUCCAAGCUCUCUUCUGUUGACCGGUGAUAUAAGUAUACAUAUGUAUCUGUGUGUUCUUAGUCCUCUUUGUUAAUGUAUUUUGAAAUUUCAAGGCAAAUGGAAAUCAAAUACGAUACGAAACAUGAAAUAAUCACA